CGUCAGCCCCCAGUGCCUGUGGCCUCUCAAACGCCGUGACGUGUGUUGUGGAAAUGGCCGAGAAACAAACCCAGGAGACAAUGUUAAGCUUUUUAAGUCCACAAAACAGCCAAAGCAGUUGAACGACGUGUCUCCAGCGGAAACGAAGGACGUCGCGAAGGUAACUAAAGAGGAACCGACAAGGGGACUCGAACCGCCCGGCCAGCGCCUUUUCUUCCCCGGGGCCGGAGAAGCCACCAUGGAGGACAUCAACUCCAACAUUAACGCCGACCUGGAGGUGCGGAAGCUCCAGGACUUGGUCAAGCAGCUUGAGAAACAGAACGAGCAGCUCCGGGGUCGCUCCAUGAUGAUGUCCGGCCACCACAGACCCCACAGCGCCGGCUACGAGUCGUCGUCGCUCUCGGCGGGCGAUACAGGCGGCUUCCCCGGGGUGGGGUUCGCCGGCACGGGCGGUUACGGCGACCUGUUGGAGAACCGCCGCUGCCGGAGCCCGCGGUUGUCCUACGACGGCGUCAGCUUCAGGAGGGCGUACGGCUGCGACGGCGCCUCGGCCGCCACCUCCGGGUCGAGCCGGAACUCGCGUUAUUCGGACGACGAGGGCGAAACGUCGAUUUUGGACCAGGUGGAGAUCUUAGACCUGGAGGACAUGGACUGUCUGCAUGAGGAUGACGACAGCUGGCUUUAUGAGGCCAAACUGAACAGUCCUCUGCAGAAAGCGCUGAGCCCUGUGGUGUGGUGCCGCCAGGCUCUUGACAACCCGAGCCCCGACAUGGAGUUAGCCAAGCGCUCUCUCAUCCACAGACUGGACGUCACCAUGUCAGCCAACAAGCGGAGGAGUCUCUACGGGAGCAGCUACAACCAGCAGGUGAACUAUGGUAGCCCGUACUGCACAAACGCCGCCAACAGCCCCUACAGCAGCGGGUUCAACUCGCCCUCAUCCACGCCCAGCAAGGUGCCCAUUGUCAGGCAGCAGCUGAUGCCUGUAAACGCAGCAAAUCAGCGAAAUGCGGCAUCAGAACGGAAUCCGCCAGCCGUCAGCCCACAGUCGUCAGUGGACAGCGAGCUGAGCACCUCCGAGAUGGACGAAGACUCCGUUGGCUCCUCAACGACCUACAAACUUAACAACGUCAACGACGUCCAAAUUCUAGCGCGAAUGCAGGAAGAAAGUCUGAGACAGGACUACGCCGCCUCGGCAUCCAGGCGGAGCUCGGGUUCGUCCUGCCACUCGCUGCGGCGCAGCACCUUCAGCGACCAGGAGCUGGACGCGCACAGCCUGGAGGACGAGGAGGAGGCGGUGCACCCGGCAUUCCACUUGCCCGCCAACCGCUUCAGCCCCUCCCCUCGCCACUCCCCCCGCGCCUCCCCCAGGAACUCACCCCGUUCACGCUCCCCUGCCCGCUCCAUUGAGUACAGCCAUGGCCGCGGAUCACCUCAGCCCGUCAUCAGCCGCCUGCAGCAGCCUCGCCACUCGCUGCAGGGACACGGCCACGAGCUGCAGACCAAUGUAGUGAAGAACGAAGAAAAACUGCGUCGUAGUCUUCCCAAUCUCACGCGCUCUUCUGCAGCACCACCUCAGGCCCCAGAGCCCGUCAAGAACAGCCGAAGCUGUGAGUCCAACUUGCAGGUGCCAAACGGCGGGUCUCCUCGACACCAGAGCCCGUCAGCUCCAGCACCUCAGCUCCUGAGACACUCAAGCCCCUCUGUCUCAGCCCCCAAAUCCAAACAGCACCUUCAAAGCCCGGCGGCCCGGCGAGUUCCAGCUUCCAGUAAGCUGCGGACUCCGGCCACGCCCUCGCCCCUCGCUUUGAGGCAGCCCGUCAAGGCCACGGUCAACCCCGGCUCUGUCGCCGGUUCCACACCCGGACGCUCACUGGCUCCGCCCCGCAGCGGCCUGCCUCGCCCUAGUACCCCGGCGGGCGGUGGGGGCAUCCCUCUGCCGCGAAGCAAGUUGGCACAGCCUGUACGCAGAUCUCUUCCAGCUCCGCGAAUCUACAGCGGCACCAGGGACAACUUGAGGGAGGGCUACUAGUGUGCUGCUGAGGGGAGCCAGCAGGGGGCGCACCCCUCACACGUAAGGAGGAAGACCGCAUGGCACUUUAUCUACCUUGAUGACUUUUCAAUGACAAUGCCCCAGAAAUAUAUUAGAACAAAACAAAAAAGAGGAAUAAGAAGGACCCCCCCAUCGUGUCCAGGAUGCGUGCAUGCAAACGGCUUAAAGAGAACGCCAAAGAACAAACGCCUGCCUGCUUCGCUGGCCUCAUUGGGUUGCUCAAAUGUUCCCACGUCGCCUUCCUUACUCUCCGCGACCUCUGGGAAGACACCAACGAGCGACCUCUUGACAAAUUGUGAGUGACCUUCGUGACAAUGCCAAUGGAGAACGGCGGCCACAUUCAAAAUAAAUCUUUCCUCUUGUAAAAAAGCACCCAGAGAGAAUGCACAAGUUAAUUUAUUACUCCAAGGGAGCCUCCGCUGUUUGGACAAGUAUCUCUCUUUAGGAGUGCGUGGAUGUUUUCAUCAUCUUCCAAAAGCAGGAUUGUUGAAACACGGGAGCCGCCAGCUUGCCAUCACACAAUUAUGUUACUAAACAAUUAAUAUUGUCAUAGUUACUAGUUUAGUUAAUUUCCUACGGUCAUAGUUUAGUUACUAAACUUUAGUUCAUAUUCAAACAUGCUGAACAAAGUUGUGUUAUGUGUUUACACCUGCACAAUUCAGCAUGUCUGAAAAGGAGCCGAGUCGAUUUAAUUCUACCCCUUCUUUGUGUCUCAAUUACUGUUCAUUUCCUGUGUUUGUCACGUAACCAAAUAUUUGAUAGGAAACGAAAAGGAUAAAUAUGUAAUGUUUGUGCAGUGCAUCUGGAAAGUACGUAGUUAUGUUACAGCCUUAUUCCCAAAUGGAAUACAUUAAUGUUUGUCCUCUAAAUUCUACACACAAUACCUCACAAUGACAAUAUGUAAAAGUUAUUUUUUAGAAAAUUUAGCAAUUAAAAAAAAAAAAAAAAAAAUAGAAAGCUAAGAAAUUACAUGUCUAUAAGCGUCCGCAGCCUUUGCUCAAAUCAAUACUUUAUUGAUGCGCCUUUGGCAGCAGUUACAGCCUUAAGUUUUUUUUGGAUACGAUGCCACCUACUCAGUGGCCUUGUGGUUAGAGUGUCCGCCCUGAGAUCGGUAGGUUGUGAGUUCAAACCAGUCAUACCAAAGACUAAAAAAAAAAUGGGACCCAUUACCUCCCUGCUUGGCACUCAGCAUCAAGGGUUGGAAUUGGGGGUUAAAUCACCAAAAAUUAUUCCCGGGCGCGGCCACUGCUGCUGCUCACUGCUCCCCUCACCUCCCAGGGGGUGAUGAAGGGUGAUGGGUCAAAUGCAGAGAAUAAUUUCGCCACACCUAGUGUGUGUGUGACAAUCAUUGGUACUUUUUUUAACAAACUUGACAAACCUAUCUUUGGGCAGUUUUGCCCAUCCCUCUUUGCAGCACCUCUCCAGCUCCAUCAGGUUGGGUGGGAUGCGUUGGUGCGCAGCCAUUUUAAGAUCUCUCCAGAGACGUUCAAUCGGAUUAUCGUCUGGGCUCUGGUUGGGCCACUCAUGGACAUUUACAGAGUUGUCCUAAAAGAUGAACCAUCGCCCCAGUCUGAAUUCAAGACCACUCUGGAGCAGGUUUUCAUCCAAGAUGUCUCUGUACAUUGCUGCAUUUAUUUUUCCCUCCAUACUGAAUCGUCCCCCAGUUCCUGUCGCUGAAAAACAUUCCCACAUUAUAAUGCUGCCACCACCAUGCUUCACUGUAGGGAUGGUAUUGGUCUGGUGAUGAGCGGUGUCUGGUUUCCUCCAAACAUGACGCCUGGAAUUCACACCGAAGAGUUCAAUCUUUGUCUCGUCAGACCAAGGAUUAUGUUUCUCAUGGUCUGAGAGUCUUUCAGGUGCUUUUUGGCAAGCUUUUUACAAAGAAAUGGCUUCUGUCUGGCCACUCUACCAUACAGGCCUGAUUGGUGAAUUGCUACAGAGAUGGUUGUCCUUCUAGAAGGUUCUCCUCUCUCCACAGAGGAAUGCUGUAGCUCUGACAGAGUGACCAUUGGGUUCUUGGUCACCUCCCUGACUAGGGCUCUUCUCCCCUGAUUGCUCAGUUUAGACGGCGGGCCAGCUCUAGGAAGAGUCCUGGGCCCUCAUGUACAAAGCUUGCAUACGCACAAAAACCUGCUGUAUGCCUUUUUUUUAACGGCAAAGGUGAGAUGUAUCCAAACGGACUUUGGCGUGGAAAUGUGCGCUGCCUCACGGCAAAUUGACAGCUGUUCUACGCCCAUUUCUACAGGCUGUGGAGACUUAAGCAACACACAGACAUGAUGCUGGGUAAAAGUUCAUGUAAAAAGUGCCAACUUUAACUCCUCAGACUGAUUGAUGUGCCUAUCAGAGAUGUACACUAUAUUGCCAAAAGUAUUUGGCCACCCAUCCAAAUGAUGAGAAUCAGGUGUCCUAAUCGCUUGGCCACAGGUGUAUAAAAUAGACAUGGAGACUGUUUCUACAAACAUUUGUGAAAGAAUGGGCCACUCUCAGGAGCUCAGUGAUUUCCAGCAUGGAACUGUCAUAGGAUGCCACCUGUGCAACAAAUCCAGUCGUGAAAUUUCCUCGCUCCUAAAUAUUUUAAAGUCAACUGUCGGCUUUAUUAUAGGAGAAUGGAAGAGUUUGGGAACAACAGCAACUUAGCCAUGAGGUGGUAGGCCACGUAAACUGACAGAGAGGGGUCAGCGGAUGCACAGUCAGUUGCAACAGAGCCCCAAACUUCAUGUGACCUUCCAAUUAGCCCACGUACAGUACGCAGAGAGCUUCAUGGAAUGGGUUUCCAUGGCAGAGCAGCUGCAUCUAAUCCGUACAUCACCAAGUCUAAUGCAAAGUGUCGGAUGCAGUGGUGUAAAGCACGUCGCCACUGGACUCUAGAGCAGUGGAGACGCCUUCUCUGGAGUGAUUAAUCAUGCGUUUCCAUCUGGCAAUCUGAUGGACGAGUCUGGGUUUGGAAGUUGCCAGGAGAACGCUACAUUUUGGACUGCAUUGUGCCGAGUGUGAAAUUUGGUGGAGGAGGAAUUAUGGUGUAGGGUUGUUUUUCAGGAGUCGGGCUUGGCCCCUUAGUUCCAGUGAAAGGACCUUUUAAUGCUCCAGGAUACGGAAACAUUUUGGACAAUUCCAUGCUCCCAACCUGUGGGAAUAGUUUGGAGCGGGCCCCUUCCUCUUCCAACAUGACUAUGCAUCAGUGCACAAAGCAAGGUCCAUAAGACAUGGAUGACAGAGUCUGGUGUGGAUGAACUUAACUGGCCUGCACAGAGUCCUGACCUGAACCCGAUAGAACACCUUUCGGAUGAAUUAGAACGGAAAAUGAGAGUCAGGCCUUCUCGACAAACAUCAGUGUGUACCCUCAGCAAUGCGCUUUUGGAAGAAUGGUGGAAAAUUCCUAUAAACACACUCCGCAACCUUGUGGACAGCCUUCCCAGAAGAGUUGAAGCUGUAAUAGCUGCAUAAGGUGGACCGACAUCAUAUUGAACCCUAUGGGUUAGGAAUGGGAUGGCACUUCAAGUUCAUAUGUGAGUCAAGGCAGGUGGCCAAGUACUUUUGGCAAUAUAGUGUAUGAACAACCCACUGCGGCCUGGGUGUGCCAAGCCACACACAAGUCUGUGGUCGAUUUCUAGUAGAUUGCGAUGUAACAAAGAAAUGUACACUUUCAUACAUGGGAAUUUUUAAUAGUAUAGGCCUUUUUCUGGAUUGGAUCGUACCUCCAUAUUUAGUAGGAAAGCCACGCAACUCUCUGUGCAUGAGUCCUCUGGUGGUUCCAAACUUCUUCCAUUUAUGGAUAAUGGAGGCCACUGUGCUCAUUGGGACAUUCAAAGCAGCAGAUAUUUUUCUGUAUCCCUGCCCGAAUUUGUGCCUGAAGACAAUCCUGUCUCUGAGGUCUACAGACAGUACCUUAGAUUUGCCAUGCACUGUCAAGUGUGGGACCAUAGAGAUCGAUACCUUUCCAAAUCAUGUCCAACCAACUGAAUUUACCACAGUGGACUCCAAUUAAGAACUUCUCAAGGAUGAUCAGUUGAAAGAGGAUGCACCUGAGCCAACCUUUGACUUCAUUCUUGGUUUGUGCUCUGCCAUGCACUGUCAAGUGUGGGACCUUGUAUAUAGACAGGUGUGUCCUUCCAAAUCAAGUCCAACCAACUUAAUUUACCAGAGGUGGACUCCAAUUAAGCUGUAGGAACAUCUCAAGGAUGAUCAGUUGAAAGAGGAUGCACCUCAGCUAACCUUUGAGCUUCAUGGCACAAAGGCUGUGAAUACUUAUGUGGUUUCUUACUCCAUCCAUCCAUUUUCUACCGCUUGUCCCGUUCGGGGUCGCGGGGGGUGCUGGAGCCUAUCUCAGCUGCAUUCGGGCGGAAGGCGGGGUACACCCUGGACAAGUCGCCACCUCAUCACAGGGCCAACACAGAUAAACAGACAACAUUCACACUCACAUUCACACACUAGGGCAGUGGUUCUUAACCUGGGUUCGAUCGACCCUAGGGGUUCUGUGAGUCGGCCUCAGGGGUUCGGCGGAGGUCAAAACACACCCGACUCAUCGUGUAAAUACAAACUUCUCCCUAUCGGCGUAUUACGGAUACGGCAACAGCUGACUGGUUUGCAAGUUUGUAAUUUGUUGUGAGUUUAUGCACUGUGUUGGUUUUGUUGUUUGAACAAGGUGAUGUUCAUGCACGGUUCAUUUUGUGCACCAGUAAUAAAACAUGGUAACACUUUAGUAUGGGGAACAUAGUCACCAUUAAUUAGUUGCUUAUUAACAUGCAAAUUAGUAACAUAUUGGCUCUUAACUAGUCAUUAUUAAGUACUUAUUAAUGCCUUAUUCAGCAUGGCCUUAUUAUAACCCUAACCCUCUAACCCUCUAACCCUGGCCCUAACCAAAUAACUCUAAAUUAAGUCUUUGUUACUUAGAAUAUGUUCCCCUAGUGUCCAAAUAACUCUAAAUUAAGUCUUUGUUACUUAGAAUAUGUUCCCCAUACUAAAGUGUUACCAAAAACAUAUAACUUUGUCUUGAAUUUGGAAAAAAAACAACAUUUUAUUUUUCACUAAAGAAGGGUUCGGUGAAUGCGCAUAUGAAACUGGUCGGGUUCGGUACCUCCAACAGGGUUAAGAACCACUGCACUAGGGCCAAUUCAGUGUUGCCAAUCACUUUUUACUUUUAAUAUAUUACCAAAAAUUUCUGUCAUUACGGGGUAUUGUGUGUAGAAUUUAGAAGAUACAAAUACAUUCAUUGCAUUUUGGAAUAAGGCUGUAACAUAACAAAAUGUGGAAAAAGUGACGUGCUGUGAAUACUUUCCAGAUGCACUGUAUGCGGUGAAUCAGGAUGUUCCCAUCUCUCCUCAAUUCUCCACCAUAACGCUAAUGCUAAAAAGACAUUUGACUCCAGAUGGGAUGUUUACCUCGCAAACUACAGCCUGUGAUGUGAUGUCACAAACAAGCUGGCGCCACCCAUGUUUAUCCAAGAGGAUACAUUGUAUUUUAAUACGUUUUAUCAGCGCAUUUCCUCUAAUAAGUUGUAUCCAAAUAGUGGAGGAUCCCCUUUAAAAGACGUCACUGUCAGUAUUUUUUCCUUGUUGAACCUCGAUUGCAAGCUAACGCUCCAAAGCAUUUUUUUUUUUCAGUUGCUGUCUUUCCAAAGGCUCAAGUAGUAGAUUUUCAUGAAGUGCUUUGAUCUUUUUGCUACGGUUCAGGUCUGAAAGUCUCAGGCAGAUCCAAGGUGACAAAAAAAAAAAAAAUAAGACAAAACCAGUGGCACUGACACUCUCCACCCCCUUAUUACCAUGACAGGCGUGAUUGUUUUAUCGACUAUCAGAGCACAUGGUGAUGUCGUACACUUUGAGGCUAAGUUGGCAGAAGUCAGCCAUCUUUGCUCUUCUGGGACAUAAUGACGACAUCACAAUCAAAACUCGCUUCAUUUUUGCCACUUUUGCUUUUGUUUACAAUUUCAGCCAAUUAUUUUUUUCGAAUUCCAUACAUCCCCUCCGGCAACUUCUCAGUGUCAUUCAUGGUUUAAACAUUAAAAAAAAAAAGGUUGACGAUGCCAGAAGAAGAAGACAAAAGUGUGUCAAUGUUGUGGAAGCUCUUAUGCUAAAUUGGUGUGGUGGUUUGUUUAACUAGUGCCUAAUUUCAAAAGUGUCACAUGAUCUCAAGUGUCUGUUCAUUUUCAUUUCUGUUGUGCCAAUUUCUGGUUUUGCAAAGUUUACCGUCAUCUUUGCGUUAACUGAUUUGUUUUUGCCUGCCUGCCUAUUUUUGUAAUGAAAUCAAUACAUUUAUUAUUAUAAUUAUUCAAAAUGUUUGAAUAUGCGCCUUCAUAUUUAUAGCUUAUUACUCAUUGUGCAAAUUUUAAAUAACGACUAUUUAUUAAGAGAGAGGUGCCUCGGUCAAUGUGCAGACUCAGUGGGAAGAAUGUCGCAAAAAGACCAACCACACCUUUUGUGUGACACUUUUUGUUAUUUGAUCCUUUUUUUAAAAUCUACAAACAUGACAUUGAGUUCCUUGUGUAAAGUCACAUUUCAAAUAAA